AGCCCGGCGGCGGUUUCCGCGGCAACCGGGGAGGGCGGGCCCAUUGUGACCGCGCCGCCGCCGCCGGCCGGCCGGCUCAGCCGCGGGGUCAGGCAUGGAGAAGGCGCUGGACGGGCCCCGCCCCGUCGUGACUUUCUUCCAGCCGCGCGCCCACCACGUGCUGGUGCUGUUCAGUCAGCAAACUUGCGGGGAAACUGCUCUGAAGAGGUUUCUGCCCAAAAGCCACCUGGCUAAGGUGAUUAUCCAGGACAAUGUUAGUGUUCAGCGGGUCCAGGAGAUUAAGGCAAGGCACAUCGAAAAUAGCAAAAAAAAGGCUGAGAAUCUGUUUGAACAGAUGAAAAGGAAAUUUAUCAACGACCAGCAGAAAAAGACAUGCCGGUGGAAGAAGGAGUACAACCAUUACCAGAGAAUGUUGGACGACAUUGACUAUCAGAACGUUAUACAACAACUCGGCUCAUCCUACAAAUUGAUGGUGUCUCAGAAAUCCUCUGCCGCAAGCAUGGGGAAGCCCUUUGCCAAGCCAGACCGAAUCAGAUAACUGGAAUCAUGCUCGGAAAAUGGUGUUAUAGCGUCAUUUAAUUGGAAUAAACUGUGGUGUAA